AUGGACGCCGCGGCACCGCCAAUGCGACAGCCGCUGCCGACUCUGUCGACCAAGGGACUUCGACGCGCUUCUGGUCCCUACAGCGCGACGACGCUGGUAGGGAGCGAGCCGCCGAGUCCGCAACAGUCGUCACCGCACGCCGACGAAUGGGCGUCGCCGGCAACGGCAUGCCAAGAAGAUUCGACGCCGGACGCGAAGAGCAAGGCCAAGAAGAAAAAGACGCUGCUCAUCCGACUUCUCUCGUCCAUUUUCAUCACCGUCCUGGUGUCAUUGUUCGUCGCCGCAGUCGUCGGCAGAAUCCACGACCAGGGCAGCAGGCAGGGGAACGACAGCAAAGCGAGCGAUUCCGCCGAGACGCCGGACACGGAACGAUUCACCAUGAGAUCAAUGCCGACGACGCCAGGCGCCAACGCCGACAGGCGAAGCUCGAGAAAAGACGCAGCAAUCGAGUCGCCGCGUACAAUGGGGACACCCAGCAGGACGUCCACGGCCCAAACUGUCUUUCCACCGUUGACGACGGUUGACUGCGUGUCCAUGGCCAUGCUUACGGACGCAUCGAUGGUGACGAGCAUCGGUCAAGCGACGCCUCCCUCCAGCAAUCCUCAGCCUUCGUACACGGCAGCCUCGGCGAUGUUGGGAAUUGUGGUGUACUCUUUCAACGGAUGUCUCUGGGCACAGUCGACAGACAGAUGCGGAAUGGACAAGCCGAUGUCUCUUCGCUGCAAAACGAUAUGCCCGGAAAGGAAUCUGGGUGAGGAAUCUGGAGAAGACAAUUCGGCCGUCGAGGUUUUCAUGAAUGACUGGAAGUCGAAUUGCGGCUGA